AUGCAACUAUUGGGGCAGUUAGUCUCACUAUUAAUUUACUGCAAGAUAUACUCAAUCGUACGUCACCACACAAAUCAGAUUCACGCCCUGCAAUUGCAACCCGUAGGACAGAAUCAGAAUGGAGAAUUGGCAAAUGCUGCAAGACUGAAAAAAACUGCACUUGCUACAUUUUACGUGUAUGUGGUGUUUGUGGUUUGUUUUUUGCCUUUCAUAUGCGUUAAAGCAGCUUAUCAAAUUUAUGGUGAGUUCGAGUUGCGGUUGUAUCUAUUUUAUUAUUCGUUGACACUCGUGCAUCUUAAUUCAUCUCUCAAUCCUUUGGUCUACUGCUGGAAGAUGCGAAACAUUCGACAAGCUGUGAUCAGUGUACUUCGCAAUAUCUUUCAAGGCCAGUAAAGCUCCAUUCAAACCGCUUCGACGAUGAGACUAUUACCCUUUGUGCCCCACAAAAAAAAUAGAAAUUUCAUAUUACUAACAUGAAUUUCAACCAACAGAUGAAUAAUGAAUAAUGAUUUAGAGGUAGUACAUUCACGUAGUGGUUCUUAGUCUACCAUUCCUAGUCGAGUUGGAAUUUAGAAUUGAGUAGUCCGAGAAAAACCUCUCGGGGCAAAGGAAAGAACAACGUCAAACUCAAACCACAUUUGGUGUCGACGGAGGAAUUUGAACCUGGGCCACACUGGUGGAAGGCGAGUGCUCUCACCACUGCUUCACCCUUGCUCUCGAAUCGUAUUAGUCGCUGAAUUAUCGAUCUUGUGCGGUUCACAAACACCCGUCAGGACAUUUCCGGGGCUCUUGUUCGAUCCUGGUCUUAGCAAUCAUGACGUCCACGCACCAACAAAAACUGGUAUAGUUAGAAGAUUUUCAGUCCUCUGGUUGACAUCAACCAGCACAGAUCAAAUCAUGAGGCGACCUGAAGAAAGCUAAAAGCAACAAAAGUAGACGGCAUUGGCGCGUAUAUCUUCAGUUAAGAAACUGCGUGAACUGUGCUAUUAAGGCUUUCGAGCAACUUCUGAGCAACUUUCAUUACAAAAAGCAACUUUUGAUUGUUUUUUGAGCAACGUUUUGAGAAAUUACUGGAAACGUUUUGGAAAAUCUCGAGCAACUUGUGAAAAGCCCUAUGUAUAUCUGCCCAGCCUGAAGUAAGCCCUUACUUUUCUAAGCGUGAUUAUUCAUCGAAUUGCUAUGUAGUAAUGGUGGGCUGAUAUUUAAUGCCUUAGUUAACUUAAGUUUCAUUAUAAACUUGGGAGAUAAGAGGGUGAACACACAAAAGCACUGGUAACUUGGUACUAAAUAUUACUAAAUAUAUAGGCAUCAUACACAUCCGCAAAAAGGCGGGAAAUUGCCCAGGGUCCUCAGGUUGAAAAGUAUGGAGGGAGGGGUAAGAGCGAGUUCAAACUGAUAAAGGAUCAUAAUAACCUACUAUGCGUAACAGAACAAUUGCGUUAACAACAAAGAAAUAAAUACAAAAUUAAGGAAAAUCGUUACUUUUUCACGAUUCUUAAGCUAAAAGAGAUCCAUGUAUUCUUCACUGCCUACAUAUUGGUUUUCUAUGUUAACUAGUUAAAAGGAAAAGUUUGUUCUUGCUUAUUUACUACGCAUUAAUUCGUGAGCAAUGAUAAACGUUCUGUAAUAUUAAACUGAAGAAACUGGUAUUAGUAUGACUUAGGCUUUGUUUAGCAGUAUCGAGUUUUAGUUACGAAAUAAAUAAAAGCAUAGUAUGUUGCUUUUAACAGGCUUUCAAUGAAAUGGAAUCAUUAGUUUCCAAGUUGAUUGUAGUUAAAGGCUUUUAUUGCUUUUUUGCAACAUGAUCACCUAUCGAAUUGUCACGUCAUGAUGGCUGGUCUCAUAAAGUUGGGACUACAAGGGAUAUUUUAAACAUUUUGAUCAUUUGCAACUUAUUAAAGUUUGACGCAUAUGACAGCAUGAUUUGUUAAGUAACAAGAACGCUCUUAAAAGCAACAACUCUUGCUUGCUUGGAGAUUAGAUAAGAAAUGAGGAGGCGAUUAAUUCUACACGAAGCAGGAUUUCUUCGUUAAAAGUUUUUCACUUCCCACUUUAUCGACGGUCGAGUAUUCUUCAGAUAUUUACUUCUUACAUCGUAUUCGACGAUGAUUGAGUACGGGUGUACAAAUGCGAAUCAUUGCCAGAAAGUAAAAACGUGAUGAAUAUGGCGCGUCAUUUCAAUCAUCGCCGAAAACAAACCGCAUGCUCAUCACAGGACUCAUUUUCAUACAAUGAAAGUUUUCGACACCUGACCAGUUUAUAGCCUCGCCAUCGAAGUUUUCACUGAAGUAUUCACUUGUUCCAAAGUUAUCAACGCUUUCAAGCGAUCCGAUAGAAUUCGUGGACCGACACGUUCCAGAAAAGCUCGCCAACUCUGCGUCAAUCUUUCAUAAGAUUUCUUCAAAAAAUAGAACAUAGUGCUGUGACACGUAGCAAUUCUUAUUCCCACUUUCUACGAUCUCCGCUAGUAACGCCUUGGACCCUGAUUCCCCUUUUGGCGCGCACACUAGCGAGACUAACUACCUACUGUGCCGGUCUAUGUUUUGAAAGCUUAGCUAGUAAAUUUUUUUAUGAGGAACAAGUUCCUUCUCUCAACUCAGAAGACUCGUCGUAAGUCGUAGUUACUCGAAACAUGUGCGUAUGUUUCGCCUGAGUCCAGAAAACAUGUAGGAUUGGUCUCAGACCUAUUAGUAAAAUCCAGCUAAUGGUCUGUUAUCAAUGCUGCAUUCUGAUUGGUUGAGCUACUACUAGGCUAUAUGUUAUAGCCCACUAGUAGGGCAAAGCACCGGCUUUUUGGCGGCAAAAAAGGUUUAAAGUCUAGCUUUAACUAGCUAAAGUUGUUUUGUCUCGAUAUUUUUGACCAACUAGUUGGAUUUUACUGAAACAAUUAUUCCUCGAGCCCUUAUGGCCUCUAAGUCAAUAGCCCAUGAGGCCGAAGGCCAAAUGGGCUAUUCACUCAGAGCCCAUUCAGGCUCGAGGAAUAAUUGUUAAAUAGUCCGCAUUUCCUCUAAACCAUCGCUAAACUCUUUUCUGUUUGACUUUGUGUUUACGAUUCACCGCAAACCAGCUGCCAUUUCUACUUUGAUAUCGCGUCAAUAGUUUCGAAUAACUACUUCCAUUUGACUGACGAACUUAAUCCAACUGGUAAAACUAGCCAACAAAACGAAAAAACCUGCACUAGCCACUAUAGCCAAAUGUUGAUGCUAAUGACAGUUUGAUGAAUGGUACAUCAUGAUGUUAAACUUAUGUACAGUAUACAGCACAAAGGAAAUGAAAUAAACCCCAAAGUUAAAAAGUAUCAUGAUAAUUUUUUUCUUUUUAAAUUAAAUUAAAGAAUAAUACAAGAAUAUUUUCAGCAUGAAAUCGGCAGGAAAAAUAAGAAUAUGGGUUAAGAGUUUUUUUUCUCUUUAUCCUCUUCACACUUUUUGGGUCGCGCGUGACCACGUAGUUUAUCAAUGAAAAAAUGCGUGCAUGAGUCCAGGAAAUACAUUGGAUUCGUUUGCGACUUAAAAGUCUGUUUUCUCCUCAAGCAUCGCUAACUCUUUCUGUUUAACUGUGUAUUUUGCAAUUCAUAGCAAACCAACUGCCGUUGCCAUUUUAAUAAUGCGUCAGUAGUUUCAAACAACUUUCUUCCAUUUGACUGACGAACAAAGCUCUACCUAUCGCAUUUCAGUUAAAAUGAAAAUACAUUCAAAUUGCUGUAUGAUGAUGAGGACGUCACAUUUAAAUUUAAAAUUCCGGCACAGACAUGCACAGUUUUAAUUUCAAGUAUUCAGGUGAGAGUUUGGAUCUUAUGAACACGACGUAGGGACUUUUUUCGAUUGUGGCGGAAGACAUAACAGUAGUCAGUUCAAACCAAUUACCAUCGGAGGAGGAAGAGAAUCUCCGGCCAGAGAAACUUGCAGAGUUCCUCAAAAGUUCUACACAGCUGCUGAAACUUACAUAAAUUUAGUUAUUAAAAUAUGAAGCAUAUGAUAGAAACUGAACACUGAUCAGGGUUAUGUAGUAAAAAAAAGAUCGCAAGUGCUAAAGGCUUGCUUUUGACACUUGUUGUUAACUGCGUCUUCAACGCUUUCUUUUCUUUGACCACCAUCGUGUUAAACAUUUUAACAAUACAAGCGCUCAGAAAAACGCCGUCGUUGCCGAAAACUUUGAAAACAUUGCUUCUAAGUCUGGCUGUGUCUGAUCUGGUUGUGGGCUUACUAGUCCAACUACUGUACGUUGCAAUUCUUGUGAUGAACAUACAACAAAACACUGAAAGCAUUGCUUAUGUUACAGUAUACAAAGGGUUUUUGAUCCAGAAAAAAAUAUCGGUCUUAGCUUCGCAUUUUGGUGUUAUUUCAUUAACGGUUGACAGAAUCUUGGCAAUCCAUCUUCAUCUCAGAAACCAGGAGCUUGUGACUCACAAGCGUGUUGUUGUCAGUUGUGUUCGACUUUGGAUUCUUCUUUGA